AUGGUUACUCACGAUUUUAGUCUACGUGAAUGGGAAGAAGAAACCACAGAGAUUUGUGAGUAUUCAGUAGAUGUUGUCAAGGCUAGUGAUAUAACUCCCUAUGGUUUUUGUAAAAGUAGAUGUCGAGAUUAUCAGGAGAAUGUUCUGUUGGGAUCAAAUAUAGGAGUAAUAAAAUUUCAAAGAACAUCUGGAAUUAUUGGUGCUGUUGUUAUUGACAAAGAUUCAAAACAAAUAGGCAUCCUUUCAUGCAAGCAUGUAUGCGAGUUUAGUGAAUCGAGUUCUGAAAAAGAUGUAAUAAUGGCAUGGGAAUUCGCUA